CCUUUAACCCAUUUUAACCCUUUACCUAUGUAAUUAAAGCACCCAAACAGAGUCGCUUAUUUGUGGAUAAUCUCUUCCUUGUAUCUGUCUCCCUCGGUGCUUCUGCUGCAACUGCAAAUGUCUACUUCUCCACUCUCCAACUCCUGCAGGAUGAAUCUUGUAUGUUUAAAUACCCAUUUACCCGGACUGCAGAAAGGCAUAUUGUCUGUCUCCUUUUCUCAAAGUUGUAGUUUUAAGCUUUGCUUUCCUAUCAAUGGGUUGUGUUCAAGGUGUUGUGUUGUCUCGGCUACCUCAUCCAAAUUGCCCCAAAACAAAGGACUUAGUUCAAAUCUUGCUUCUCAAAGCAGGUACACAGAUUUAAAGGAUAACGUACUUAGCAGCCUAAAUAUUCUGGAGGAGCAGCUGAGGGAUUUAUUUAAUGAAGUCCACGCCCUGAUAAGAAUAGGGAAGGAAAAUGAGGCCAGAGAUCUGCUUCUAGCAAAUUUUGAAGCUGUCAAAGAACAGAUGGAUGCAGGUAACAAGGGUAUAGAAGAAGCUGCUAUUCUUGAUGUAACAGCCUUGGGGUACAUGGCCCUCGGAGACAUAAGGACUGUCAAACCCCUGUUGGAUAUGUUGAGCGAGAUUGUUGGUGACUUGAAAGAUGAGGAGCCUCUUCUGGACUCGAUACUCACACAUAUGGGUAAUAUGUAUGAAAAGUUGGAAAAUUUUGAGAUGUCCAUUUGUCUGUAUGGAAGAGCUGUGAAGGUUAUUGAGAAAUUAUAUGGAAAUACCAGUUCUUUUAUCGUCACUCCAUUGUUAGGGAUGGCAAAAGUCCUGAGUUCUAAUGGAAAGACCAAAAAAGCAAUAGAAACAUAUCAUCGUGUGGUUAAAAUACUCGAAUCUAGCAGGGGUGAAGAAAGUGAGGAACUGGUAGUGCCUUUAUUUGGCAUGGGCAAUCUUCUUCUGAAGGAAGGGAGAGUGACUGAUGCAGAAAAUGCUUUUAAUAGAAUUUUGACCACGUACAUGAAGCUAUAUGGAGAAAAUGAUGGCAGAGUUGGAUUGUCUAUGAGUUAUCUUGCACGUGUGAAAUGUGCGAAAGGAGAUGUGAAUGAAGCCAUUGAUCUGUAUAAGGAGGCUCUACGUAGGCUGAAGGAUUCUGAUUAUAUAGCCAUAGAUGAUCAAAUAAUGGAGAAGAUGAGAGUAGACUUGGCUGAAUUACUUCAUAUGGUUGGAAGAGGUGAAGAAGGCCGCGCUCUACUAGAGGAGUGCUUGUUGAUAACUGAGAAGUUCAAGGGAGAAGGGCAUCCCAAUUCAGUGUCUCAUCUAGUGAAUCUAGCCACUUCUUAUUCACAGUCCAAACUUUUUGCAGAAGCUGAGCGCUUGCUAAGGAUGAGUUUGCAGAUUAUGUUUAAGAAUGUAUCACCUGAUGAUCAAUCAAUUACUUUCCCAAUGCUGCAUCUUGCAGUUACUCUCUACAAUCUAAACCGUAAUGAGGAAGCUGAAAAAUAUGCAUUAGAGGUUCUGCAAAUCCGCGAGAGGGCAUUUGGAAAAGAUUCUCAGCCAGUUGGGGAGGCUCUUGACUGUUUGGUCUCCAUUCAGACCCAGCUCGGAAAGGAUGAUGGUGAAUUGCUGGACUUGCUCCAGAGGGUACUGAAAAUUCAAGAGAAAGCUUUUGGUACUGACAGUGAGGAAGUCAUGGAAACACUGAAAAAAGUUGUAUAUUACUUGGAGAAAAUGGGGAGGAAACAUGAGAGACUUCCUCUGCAAAGAAGAUUAUCAAAGCUCAGAACUAAAUAUAAGCAAAUGAUUCAAUAUUAGAGAUCCUACAAGACAGCAUGUUUGAUGAGUAAUUGCUUUCAUGCCAUUAACUGUGUCAGAUCAUUGUGGUUGUGCGGCAAGAUGAACAUCUUUCUAUUGGGAGUUUGCAUGUCUCAUUACGAAAGAGACACUGGAGUAUAGCACAAGAUCGGGUUUUCUUGCUGCCAUGGUGAACAAGGUAGGCACACAAAACUAACAAAGAUAAAAUGACAGGCAUAUGAAAGAAAUUCUUCUUAGCUACAUCUGUUCGAGAGUGCAAGUCAUAUUUCAGAGAACUUUCAGAAUCAGAUAUGAAAGUUUAGGGGACAGCAUUGUUGACAAAUGAAUACUACCAAAAGGUAUCGUAUAGGUUAUUGAUGCAUCUUUUGAAGUGGUAAAGUAUUCUUUACCAAAUAUUCUUAGUCCUAAUUAGCUUCGUAAUAUCAAUAGUUCUAUGGUUAUUAAUAGUCGCUGAGUACUUUGACAAUUAAAAAAGAUGGUUGAUGCAGUGGUGUCCUUUCAUAAAUUUAUCUCCUUGUUUCAUUGUUU